AUGUAUAUUUGUUACUGCCUUACAGAGAGAAAAACAGUGAACCACUGUGUGUCUGCUACAGCAGGCCCUCACGCCCUGUUAGAAAUGAAUCUAUCACAGCAGCUGGAGGGUAGGAUAGGACCAAGCCUGCACCCCAGACAGCUAGCUACGUGCUUCACUGCAUCCUCAGCCAGAUGCAAGUUGCCCCAAGGGGCAGUCAUCUGGACACUGAAAGCCCAUUAUAGCCAUACCAGACAGCUGAAUCUAGUUAUAGACGACAGCCUUUCCCAGCCUGGCUGUCUCAGGCUUGAAAUCACACUCUUAGGAAACAUCCGCUUGGGACGUGAGGCGCCCCUCCCAUGGGGACUAAGGGAGGAGAAGAAUGUGGGAACACAGGCACACAGGCUGCUGGCAGAUGCAGGUUCUGGGCAAGACCAUGAAGAGGAUGGAGAGGCACAUGGUCAGGGGACCACUACAGAAGCACUAUACCAUGUGAAGUGGCUGACCAGGGAGCAGAGACAGCUCCAAAAAGAACUGCAGAGGUUGCAGCAAGAUAUCAUCAAGAAAAAGUUCUCCUCUUACUUUGAGAAUGGAAGUCAGAAGAGACCAGAUGUUCUUACGUUCUCAUCACAGGGAGGACAGAAGCACAGGGUUCUACAGGCUAAUAAAUUUAGAGCACUGACAACAAAUACGAUCCAAGAAAUAUACAAAACCAAGUCCCAGAUGCCUCCUUUCCAUCACAUUGGUCCUAAGGACCCCAUGAAAAGCAAAAGGCAGUCGCUAUCUCAAAAUAACAGAAAUUCCUACUUUACAAAAGAGAAGCCGCAAGCCCAAGAGAAAUAUUCUAUAAACCCACUGAAGGGCAAAGACUCCAACAAGGGCAUCUCUCUUCUAUGUCAAGAUCAAGACGUCUCCACUCAAACCCUAGACCAAGGUCCCAGUUCCAGCCCAGCUGGUGGUAGCAGAAUGGUACAUGGCGAUGAGACCAGAUCAAAUGAUGCCAACAAAAGGCCAGACCACACCGCUGGGAAACAAAUUCCCCCAAAUCCCAUAGAAUGUGGAGGGAACUUCAAAGGCGAGCCCAAAACAUCAACCUAUUCAGAGUUGUUUGCAAAGGCCAGAAAUAUUCACUACUUCCGGCACCGGGUCCCCCCUGAAUCUGAGAGAUUGCUUAGCAUUGGGGAGAUCUUUGGACACAAGGAAUCUUCACAGUCCAGAUCAGAAAAGUGGUGUAAAAACAGAGUGACCAUCUAA